AUGCCUAAAGAAAAUUUCAUCAUGCAGAUUACUUUUGUGAUUUUAGGUUUAUCAGCUUUAACAGUUGCUGAAAUAAAUUGCUUUGAUAAAGAGAGUUUAAGAUGUGUGGCAGAAGAAUAUCGCAAGCAUCUGUCUGAUACUGACUUUUGCCGAACGUCUCCCUCUUCAACAAAAUGUUUUCUUGAUGCAGCAGUACAAUGCCAAACUGGAUUCGAAGAAAUAGCAAGAACGGCAUACUUAAAACAAGUUGAAAUUUGUACUGAUGGUACAGUUUCUAACAGAGCUGUAAAAAAUGAUCCAUUCUGCGGAUUUGACACUCUCGUCGAGACGAGAAAAUGCGAUAUGGAAAAGGUGGGAGGCUUAUGCAAGUAAGUAAUUUAAAAUAUUUUUCUAUUUUUUUUUUUUGUAGUUUUGGUCUAGUAGCUAGUCUUGUAAGU